GCCACACAAAGUUUGUCACAAAUUCUGGUGGUCGAAUAUCCUAUACAUAAAUAACUACAAUGAUAUAAAUACAAUGUGUAUGACUUGGAGCUGGUAUCUGGCGAGUGAUAUGCAAUUCUACAUAAUUGGCGUAGCUUUAUUGAUUUUGUCGACCGUAUAUAUGUAUUGGACUAUUAUUAUACUGGGUGCACUUUUAAUUGGAUCGAUCUUACUUUCCGGUUACAUUUCAUAUAUUUAUGAAUAUAUUCCAACACUAGAUGAAUUUUCGAGACAGCUGAACAUCAUAUACUUUCCAUCAUGGGUCAGAAUCGGCCCGUAUAUUAUUGGAAUUUAUACAGGAUUUCUGGCAAUACGGUUAAAGAAUAAUUUAAUCUUAAAAAAGAAAACAGUAAUUUUAUAUUGGGGCGUAGCAAUUACUUGCAACAUACUGGUUUUAUUUGGCCUUUAUAAGCGAUAUAUAUCUAUUUUGUCUAGUGCUACAUAUGUGGCAUUUAGUAGAACAGUGUGGGCCAUAGGAGUAGCUUGGAUUUUAAUAGCGUGUCUUACCAAAAACGGAGAUUGUCAUGGUUUUUGGAUACUUAACGAUUAG